UCGAGAAAUUUGUUUUUUAAAAUUAAAUUUUUAAAUCAACUUGAUUACCUACUGGCAACUCUCAAAAAUACCGAAAACCACUUUUAAUCAUUUUUUAUCGGGGCCAAUGUUACUAGCAAUUUCAUUUUAUUUUAAAAAAAUAAAUAACCAAAAAAAACAAUUUUUUAUUUUUAAUUAAAAUCCAAAAAUAUUUUUUAAAAAUGUCUUCAAAAAUUCCAAUGAAUAUAAUUGCUGCUGUGGACGAAAAUUUUGGAAUUGGAAAGAAUAAUUCUUUGCCGUGGAGAUUACCCAAAGAAUAUAAACAUUUUAUUAAUUUAACAACAACAACUAAAAAUCCAAAUAAAAUAAAUGCCGUUUUGAUGGGCAGAAAAUGUUGGGAAAGUAUUCCUGAAAAAUAUCGGCCAUUAAAGAAUCGUUUAAAUAUUGUAAUGACUAAAACUUGGGUGACAAAUGAAUUUUUUGGCGAAAAUUUGAUUUUUAUAAACAAUUUAGAUUCUUUAAAUUUAAUUUUGGAAUCAAAACCUUAUGAAAAUUUAAUUGAAACAAUUUGGAAUAUUGGUGGAAAACAAAUUUAUUCUUUAGGAAUUGACCAUCAAAAUUUAAAUAAAAUUGUUUUAACUAAAAUUGACAAAAAUUUUGAUUGUGACGUUAAAUUUCCUGAAAUUAAUUGGAAUCAAUUUAUUGAAGAAGAAAAUGGGGAAAUUGUUGAAGAGAAAGGAUUGUGUUGGAAAGCAAUGAUGUUUCCUUUCAAUACUCCUUACAAUUAUUUAUUAAAUUGGGCAUUUGUUUGUUUUGCUAUUCCAUGGCUUUAUAGCUAUUUUAAUGAGCAACACAGAUUGACUACAAUGCCUGUUGAACAGGCAAUGUUGAAAGCCUGGGAGAAUUUUAUUUCCCAACCUUCAAUUAAAUUUCGUAAAGUUAUUGUUGGUAUAAAUUGUAAUGUUGACGUUAUUGUUUCUGGAGUGUCUGUCAUAAAUAAUUUAAAUAUUUCUUCACCUAAUCCCAUUGGAGAUAAAGAAAUGCUUGGAGGAUUUGAGGACCUUUAUGAAGUUUUUGUUCAUUUUUUUACACGUGGAGCCCCUGCUGAACGUUUUAUGGCCAAUGAUUUAACUUUUGACAAAAUUCAUUAUAUUGGGGGAAAUGCUGCACUUAUGGCUCAAAAAAUUGCUUCAGCUUUUCCACAUGCAACCCCUUAUUUAGUUGGACCUAUAGGCCCUCGUAGUCAAGCACUUCUCCAUCCUUCAAUUGUUCGUAAUAAUUUUACAAGAAUUGUUCAAGAUGAAAUGCACGUUAUUUUGGAGUAUAAACAGGGAGAAAUACUUGGAGAAUAUGUUGCCCCAGCAAGUUCUAGAUUUAUUAUUUCACAUGACCAAUUUAGUGGAAGCGCUAUGGUAAUUGAAAUGUUUUUUAAAGCAAUAAUGCAAUUUAGACCUGAUUUAAUUAUAUUUUCUGGUAUUCACAGUAUGGAAGCACAGAAUCAAGAAGCUCGUCUGGAAAAACUACGUCUUAUUAAACGUUCACUUCUUCAAAUAAAUCCUCUCAUUCCAAUACAUUUACAAUUGGGGAGUAUGCCUGAUGCUAAUAUUGCCGAUGAUAUUUUGAAAAGAGUUUGA